AUGAAAGGAGAGUUUGACAUGGCUGACUUGGGAAUAAUGAGGUUUUUUAGGGGAAUUGAAGUAAAGCAAAAUAUUAAAGGAAUAUUCAUACAUCAACAUAAAUAUGCAUUAGAAAUCCUAUCAAGGUAUGGAAUGGAAAAAUGCAACAAAGUGUGUUGUCCAUAUGUCCGUGGUGGCAAACUGGUGAAAGAUGAAGAAGGUAAAGCUGCAGGUGCCACCACCUUCAAACAAAUGGUAGGAAGCUUGAUGUAUCUCUUAGCAACAAGACCUAACAUAGAAUUCUUUGUGUGUCUUGUGUCCAGAUACAUGGAAAGACCCAUAAAAAUUCAUGUUGCAGCAGUUAAGAGAAUCAUGAGGUAUCUACAAAACAUCCUAGAUUUUGGAAUCUGGUUCAAACAUGAAGAAAAGAAUAACUUGCAGUUGUUUGGAUGGAGAGACUCAGAUUAUACUAAAGAUAGAGAUGACAGAAAAAGUACCUCAGGGUAUAUGUUCAACAUAGGCUCAAGACCAGUCUCAUGGUCAUCAAAGAAGCAACCAAUUAUCACUUUAUCGACAACUGAAGCAGAGUUUGUAGCUGCUACCUCAUGUGUCUGCCAAUGA